AUGAAGGAUUCAACUGAUCUACCAUUGAUCAGUGAAAAUUCGUUGUCAACAUUAACACGUAUUUGUAUCAAUGAAAUAGCCAUACGUAAUCAUUCAUAUAUAAUUUCAGUGUGUAUUAAGAAUUUUGAACAAAGUCAAAUAGAUAUUAAAGUUCGAGCAAAAGAAAGUGCUGAUCAAUGGAAAUCGAGUUUUGAUGUAAACGCUAUUGAAACAAUGACAGCAAAAAUGGGUAAUUUUAAAUCAUUUAAUGUAUUUAUUAAUAUGCUAGAAGAUGCCAUUAAUCAAAAAAAUUCAUCAGUAAGUAUUGAUUUAUAUACUUCUGAUGAUCUUGAAUUAAUACGUAAAAAUCAACAAGAUCAAAAUAAAAUUUCUAAAACAAAAUCAUCAAAUAAACGUUAUUUAAUAUUAAUAUAUAAUGCUGAAUAUGAUCGUAUUUGUUAUCCAUUAUCUCUUCGGUAUUGUGGUAAACCAGAUACAGUUAUUUUAGUAGGACAAAUUUGUCAAUUAGCAACUGAAAAUGAAUUAUUAAAAUCUCGACUUGGAUCAGAUACUAAUCGUUGUGAUCUUGAAGAAGAAUGUUCUCGUUUGAAAAAAGAAAAUGAUGAUUAUCGUCAACAAUUAUCAUUACAUGAUGGAAAAGAAAAAAAUUUACAAGUUGAAUAUUUACGUCAAAUGAUUCGUGAAAGUAAAUCUGCUUUAAUUAAAGAACGAACUAAUUUACAAAAGACAAAAGCAGUAAAAGAUGAUCAUGGUAAAAAAUUUAAUAAUCAAAUUGAAUUAUUAAAAACAUCCGAAAGACAAUUGAAAUUAAAAGUGAAAAAUUUAACAAAUCGAAUAAAUUUACUUAAGAAAAAUUGUUCACCAUGUGAUUCUCAACAACGAUCAUCUUCAGUAGAUUGUUCAAAAUCAGCUCAUCAACAGCGAUAUCGUUCAACAAGUGGUAGUAAACGAUUACCAUCGUCAACAGAUUCUCAUGUUCGUUUUAAUCCAACUGCUUAUAUGCAUGAUAAAAAUCUUAAAUUACAACAGAUUGAAUUACAAAAAAAAAAAGAAACUCAUCAAAGAUUGAAUAGUGGUCGGCGUCAUUCAGCUUGGGAUAUUAGUGAUUCUAGUUUGAAAUUUAAUAAUAAUAAUAAUAAUCGAUAUACAUCCAAUUCAAGAAAUAAUUCACACCGGAAACGAACGAACAAUCUUAAUCGACAUAAAUCUAAGGACUCAAUCGAUUCAGAUAUAGAAUGUGUCUCAUCACCAAUUAUUUUACAUAAAGCUGCAUCGAAUAAUUCAACAAAAAUUCUUCUGCCUGAAUAUUCUAAUUAUGAUCAACAAAAUGAAAAAUCAACAUUACGAAAUUUGACUAAUACUGAUACUAUGAUUGAUGUUGAUCAACGAUUAAAAUCUUUAGAAAAAUUCAUCAAACAAAAUAUAAAACAUUAA